AUGGUAAAUUUUGAGCUGAGUUGUCCGAUCAAUAGAUUUUGAGCAUUUGUCACAAUCGUGAGACCGAGGAAAAAACUGGGUCCCUUGUGACGAUGGGACUAUUAAGGUAGACUGAGAGGAUUCGUUUUUAAUUAAAACCAACCUCCUGUAAUUCUUCUUACACAGAAUUUGGUAAAACCUCCCUCCCCGAAGAAAAAGAAUCGGUGUACAGUGAGGCUGAUGAUGGUAAGCCAAAACCAAUUCCCGUGGCGGAGUUUGCUGAAUACUUCAAGAACAAAUCAGCCAAUGGAAGCAUCCUGCUGGAAGAUGAAUUUGAGGUAAGGUAAUAUAUUUUAUGAUAGCUUUUUAAGCGGAUUUCCAUCAGCUAAUGCUGGUUGCAGUUUUCAUGUCGACGAGUUGUCUAUAGAAGGGUGGAAGAAAAGUGUGUAACAACUGUUUCCAUAGGGGUCUGUGUCCAAAAGCAAGUGCUAGGUUUUUGGUAAUAGAAACCUGUCAGAGAAAAACUUGUGGGAAACAAAAUUUGAAAAUUUAUUUGAGAUCACACGGUCACUUUUCAGGGACUGAACAACAAGUCUGCUCAGGCUCCAGAAAGUUUUUUUUAAUCAGACCAAGUCUUCUGCAUUAUGUUAAAUUAAUCCUUGGCUAGCUAGCUUUUUAACAGGCAAAGGUUUUCCUUAUUGAUAACUACACGCUUCAUUCGUUGGAAUUAUAUAGUACCUUUGGUCAUCUUCAUACUGCUGGCCGCUGUGUAAUAUGCGUAAGUACUAUCUGCUUCGACAAGGUUUCUUGCUUUAGUGAAGAGAGUUUCCUUUUGCAAGUCUUUAAUGCUGUGUGACUGUGGUUGUUGUUGGUUUGACCUUUGUAAUUUAGUAUAUUUGCAGUUAUUGUUUCAAGAUCAUAAACAUGAUUAACAUGACCAUUGAUGUCUAAUUGCCUAUCCCUUCAAAUCAAAAUAAGUUAAUGUCCCGUCGGUAAACGACUUGUAUAUUUAGCUGGCUUGGGUACAUAACUAAUAAACUUUUUAUGCUUAUUUUAUUUUUAACAGAAGUUACCCAGCAUUUUCCCGUUCUCUUGGGACGUUGGCAAAAACAACAAAGUGAAAAACCGUUUUGGAAAUAUUACGACCUGUAGGUGAAUUAUAUUUAUUCUGCACUAUCCAAUUGUAUUUUACACAAUAAAAGGUUUUUUAAAUACUCAUUCGCUUUGACGCAGAGUAUAGACAUCAAUUACAAAUUUGCAUUAAAAAAUCUCACUUUGGAGACACUUAAAGUUGGUGGAAUCCUCUGUGAUCGCAGAUCGCAGGACAAAGUUUAACUGAAGGAUUAACUCUUGCAGACGAAGAGGAGGGCGAACCAGGGUUACCGAGCUCUACAAGUUACUAGUGGUCACUGCGUGAGAAUUAGUUUGAGUACGAGUGUUUAUUGAGGAGAGAGAUUCCACUGUGACAAAUUCGUCUCUGUAAAUACUUAAGACUGGCUCUUUUUCGUGACAGAUGAUCAUUCUCGCGUUGUUUUGGAGAAAAUAGAGGGUGAUCCAAAGUCUGACUACAUUAACGCUAGUUACAUUCCGGUAAGUACGACAACAAUACUCUGUAGUACGGUCCAUUUUAACUGUACAUCACUAUAUUUUGAAUUCUCUAUUGUGUUCCUAAAGAUAACUUAUUAUAGAGAAAUUUUCAAUUGACAAUAGAGGGUAACCUGGGAUUGCAGUGUCUGGCUUUACUUCCCUCUGUGAUUGUCCCUGUAAACUCGUGCUACUCUCUCAAUCAAUUACUCUCUCAAUCACUCCCGUGAAUGACCAAGACAGAAUUUCUCCUUACUAUAUCCAUACAAUAUCAUGCAGAAAAGUGACGGAAAUAAAGAAAAAAAUCAAUUAUGGGACUACUGAUUGAUCCGAUUUAAAAUUCUUCAAACUAACAUAAUAAGAAUCGUUUGGGAGACAGUAAGGAGAAUUAGUAAUGAGAUCUUGGGAGUUAAAGGGUUAAAACUAAACUCAGCCAAUUGUAGACUCGGUCGUUUCUCACGCUGUAGGUAGUUUGAAUAUAGUUUCUUUGAGUUCUCUUUGGCUCACUGACAUAUCUACCUUUAUUCUGCAUGGCUGUGUGAUUACCAUGUUAUUGGCUUCACAACACUCAGUUGUAGUGCCCUUUUUUUGGACUUCGUAAGGAUAGUUUGCUAUGGUAACCAAAAAACAAAUAAAGGAAUAUACUUCAAAAUUGAACUAGGAUUUUUACAGAUGGAGAAUAUAAAAACACAUUACAAACGAAGAACGAAAGUAAGAAACUUAAAUAAAAGAAACUUUUCUCUCAGCUUGAUAGGCCAAAGGAGAAGGAAAUAUAAACAGCCAAUUAAUCACUUGUGUCUCUAAAGCAAAUGAUCAGUUAUGAUUUAAAAAUAACUUUUAUUUCAUUCUUAGACUGUUGAUGAGGAAUCAAUGAACUACAUUGCAACGCAGGGUAAUUAUAAUAGAUGUUAGUCCCGAUAGAAAGCCAAGACGUUAUUCACAUUUUCCAACCCACAGUCGGUUGUACAUUUAAUUGUUUUCCUUGGACAAUUGUUAAAUAAAUAUAGCUGGUAUAUCACUGAUCACUGUUGUAAAUCUGUGAUAGAUCUGUUGAGUGAAGUGUGCCUAGGUACAUGUGGUUUGUUUCUAUUAAGUCUCUCAAUACCUUGUUGAUAUUUUGUCAGGUCCAACCUCUACAACAAUCAGCGAUUUCUGGCGAAUGAUCUGGCAAAAAAACUGUUCUGUCAUCGUCAUGUUAACCAACUUGGUCGAGUUGGGAAAGGUAUUCCUACUGUGAAUCCUUCUAAUGUGAAAAGUACUUUUCUUUAUUAUAUUCUCUGGGUUCUUCAAAGUGGUUUGAUAAACUUUUUCGUGCCCGGUUUUUAAAACAGAACAGACUUAGAAAACGAUACAAAUUUUUUUAUUUUAAAAGACGAGUGAUACAUCUACAUUUUUUUUCACUUUCUAAGAACAAGUGUGAUCAGUAUUGGCCAGACAGUACUACCACGUUUGGGUCCAUCACAGUAACACUACUUAGGACGCAAAGCUUCGCUGACUACUGCAUCCGAACCUUAAAAUUAGUCAAGGUAAGGAAAGAACACCUUAUUUGCAUGAUGUUUAUUCCUUAAAAUGGAAUUAAACGUGAUGUUUUUUUUUCAUAGAAAAUGUUGUUCAUCGGGGUUUUAUAGAUAUAUGAACGCUUAAUCGUUUGUCUCGCAUAUUAGCCUGACUCUUAAAAGCGUAAUAUUUGCUUGUAGGGCAAUUGAAAUGUUCAUAUUUUGUCCCAAGUGUAUUUUCAGAUGGGAAAUUAAUGAUAUUUUGAUUCGGAGGUCAAUUUUACAUUGAUGGGGGCACCGUGACAGCUUUUCUUACCUUACAAAAGCAGUUUAUUUAAACAUAUUGAUUACAAAGCCUAAACUUCUAGACCCUUUAUCUCCCAAGAUCUCAUUUGCAAUUCUCCUUACUGUCUGCCAUAUAGUUCUUGUAAUGUUAGUUUGGAGAAUUUGUUAUUGGAUCAACUAAUAGUCCUCUAAUUAAUAUUUUUCUUUAUUCUCAUCAUUUGUCUGCUUGAUGUUGUAUAAGCAAAAGCAGUUUACUUAAACAUAUUGAUUACAAAGCCUAAACCUCUAGACCCUUUAUCUCCCAAGAUCUCAUUUGCAAUUCUCCUUACUGUCUGCCAUAUAGUUCUUGUAAUGUUAGUUUAGAGAAUUUGGUAUUGGAUCAACUAAUAGUCCUCUAAUUAAUAUUUUUCUUUAUUCUCGUCAUAUGUCUGCUUGAUGUUGUAUUGAUAUUGUAAGAAGAAAUUCUGUCUUGGUCACUCAUGGGAGUUACAGGGUUAACUCAAAGAAGUUACAGACACGAGAGCUAUCCCCCUCCUCUUUUCAACUGGAGGGUUUUUAUGGUGAUAUAACUCUAGAUUCUCUGAACUAAUUCACAGAGAAUUGCUUGUCGGCUGCUAGAAGAGUGAUUUACUGAUUAGAUCUUUGGAGUAAAAUGGUUGCAAUAGGCGAGAUUGUUAAGAGACAACGAUUCUGCACUCUCAAUUACUGAGGUUUUUUGUGAUACUCGAAAGGCUAUUACUUUUCGUGGAAAAUUAUCACCGCCUUUGCAAAGUUGAAGUUUACACACUGUUAGUCAAUUUUGUACUGAUACUUUGAUCGUGAUUCGUCCUUUAAGCCUCAAAAGUAAAAUUAAAAUGAAGUUAUUAGUCUUAAUUUUCAUCGGCUUUAGGGCACGAAGACGCGUGAGAUUCAUCAAUAUCAUUUCACCUCGUGGCCAGACAGAGGUGUCCCACACCAUUCGACUGCGUUACUUGCAUUUAGAUGGAAGGUUCAUGUUCAAAAUCAGGCCACCGGCGGACUACUCGUUGUACACUGUAGGUACUCUUUAAAAAAAUUGUCAUUUGACAACAAGUGGGUGAGGUGGGAAAACAUGUUAAAACAGCCGCUACGAAUGAAAGUUUUCAGGACUGCUGUGGAGCAGUCUUUAACAAAGUUCUCGAAAACUUAAAGAUCGCAGCUCAGCUCCACUAGAGCGUACACUAGUGAGGAGAACAGCUGAUCAAGGUUGCCCACUGGAUUCGCGGCCGUUAACAUUCAAAUACAAGUUAAAUAGUGUCUGAUGAUUUGGUACAACGAGGAAGGAGAUCGAUACCCAUUACAAAUGAUACGGUGAAUAAUUUUUAAGAUGCGAAAAUCUCCUUUUACCUCAGUGGGAUAAAAAUUGGGUACUACAAAUGUAGUUCUUAGACAGCAUUCACCGCAUGUGGACCGUAGAGGAACUCAAAAUUGCUGGUCGGCUGAAUUUAUUUUUUCUUUUAACGAAAUGAUCAUUUUUCGAUUGUGAUCUCUUAUUUCUUUGCUCCAUGACAGUGCUGGUGUUGGUCGAACUGGUACGUACAUUGCUAUCGACGCCAUGUUGGAAGGUGCUAAGAAGAAGAAUACUGUGUUCAUACAGAAUUACGUGCAAGUGAUGCGAAAACAUCGCCCUUAUAUGGUGCAGAAUGAUGUAAGUGAAUUUGAUUCAUUUUUGCAGCGAAUGUUGUUGAUGAUUUUUCUGUACUCACAUGAAAUUGAAAGGACGUUCGAUCGCGAAAUACGAAGGUGCGAGGUUCGAAUCUUUGUGGGUAACUCAGUUUUUUGUAUCUGGGCAAAUUUUUUUUCACAUUCUUCUCGGACACAGCUAUUGUUGCUCAUAAUGAUGUUGAUUUUCGAGUGCUCCCGCUCCAGAAGUGUGGAUUAGACGCAGAUGAGAUUAAAUUUAAUAUCUCCGCUGUAUUUUUAACGUUUGUAAACAAGCAAAGAGUAACGUAAUGAAAGUUUUAUUGCCUUAACUGAACAUUUCUUUGAUUAUUUGUCGUUUUUGUUAGCUAUUCGUUCUGUAUCAUAAUAAUUAAUUGGAGGGAAAUGGGAAAAAUAACUAUUUAAAUGGAAGAUGACGACACUAUGCGUAAUCGCAUUAUUUGAUGACAUAGACUAGCAAGAUACAGUGUUUGCUCUUUUUGUUUUUGUGAUUGUUUAGCCUCAUAUUAUUUGCAUUUAUGUAGACACAAUACGUGUUCAUACAUCAAGCUGUGAUGGAAGCUUUGACCUGUGGAACUACAGAGGUCACUUCUCAAAACUUGCGGAUUAGAAUGAACAAACUUGCCAGGCUCAUGUCAGAUGCCAAACAGACUGGUUAUGCAGAAGAAUUCAAGGUAUUAGUCUGCCUCACAUUAGCAAACGUCACUAGUUUUUAAUAUUAUAUAGUCUAUUGCUAAACGGGCAAACUAAAGUGAAAAGUAUUUGUUAUUCCAGCGUUUGGAGCUCCUCAACGACUGCCAAAGCUCAGGAGAAGAAUUUGUCGAUGCGUUUAAGCCCUCGAACCUUAACAAGAACAGGUUUUCAAAUAUAGUACCAAGUAAGUACUGCCUUAAGUGUUAUUAAACUGUGUUUCUUUCCUGUUUGGCGAUAACGCUAAAAAAACAUUUUUCAAUACAAAUGAGUUUGAUGGCUAUUUACUAACUUACUGGGGACGAUAUCCACCAGUCAUUUGCAAAAUUGAAAGGGUAAUUAACAACAUCUUACCCCACCGACGGGAACUGGAGAUAUAGAAUGCUCUCUUGAAUGUUGAAAACAUUCUCUGGCUACUUUUUAUGCUGAUAUUUCGCACAGAUUUCAUCCAAAUUUCAUAUCAGUCAGGACAAAAUUAUACUGAUAUUUUGCCAACAUAUUAUUUUGUUUUUGAGACCCCGUUCAUCAUCAUCAUCAUCAUCAUCAUUAUUGUUUAUUUCAUUGUUAAAGUCGUUUUUUAAUUUCUUUAAAGUGGAUACUGCACGGGUCAUGCUGAGGAGUUCAGAGCCGGAUAAGGAUUACAUCAACGCCUCUUUCGUUGACGUAAGUACAUACGUGUUGGGAGCAUUGACCCUAUACCGCCCCAGAUCUAACUCUUAAUUCUCCUUUUUGUCUGGUCUAUAUUUCUUUGAAAUAAGUUAAGAAAAUUUAGCCUAUAUUUUACAAGUUAUUUGUUUGCAGUUCGAGUCAGUUGUUACUAUCCUUAACCAUACUCAUUCCAUUUCGGUGUUUAUUUGUCCUCCAAAAAUACAUUUUAUGACUGAUUAACUUGACGCUGAAAACAAUUUUGGAUCCCACAAUAAACGACUCAUGAUGUCUUCACUUAGCGCCCUCAAGCUGACGUUUAAGUUUAUACCAUUUAUCUGUGGUCAGAACUUCAAGAAAACAAUGUUUAACCUAUACGCUUGAUACUAAGGAAGAUGGAUCAGUUGUCAGUAGGUACUGAGCAGUUACUAGCAAUAAUAGAUCAGAUACUUGCUGCAGUUUUUUUAAGGCUUAAAGAUAAUGAGUGCAAUGGAAUUUCCUUUCGAUAGAAUUGUCUCUCUAUCGUAUUUAUUGCUCUGUGUUUUUACAACAAGUUUCUCAAUGGUGACAUAUUUUACUACCUUCAUUAGGACUAUAGUCGACGUAAAGCAUACAUUUUGACUCAAGCCCCGUUAAACGAUACUGUUAACGACUUCUGGAGGAUGAUAUCACAGUAUGAUAUCGGCACAGUCGUGAUGUUAAACAGUUUAAAAGAGGAAAAAGAGGUAUACUUUACUUAUGUUAAAUGCGAAAUACCAAACGCAAAUUUUAACUUCUUGAUAUUUGUAAAGGAAGCUCUGGAAUCAUGCGUAGGGAAUUCUUUACCUACGAUCCCUCAGGUCUAGAGUGAGACAUGCUUGCGAUACUGCAAUUUAUUACUUAAAGUUCACUGAUUUUUCGCAUAUUAUCUGACAGAAAUAAAUUUUGAUGUUCUCAUGCUAAGGUAUAUAUUGAGUCUGACAUUUUGCAUCUCCUGGUAGAGUUAUCCACAAUAUUGGCCAAGUGAAGGGUCUGCCAAGUAUGGAGACAUCACUUUACAGCUUCUGUCAAAAAAGAAUUCGAAGAACAUAACGACGAGGAAGUUCAGCGUUAUAAAUGUGAUGGUACGGUGUAAAUCGAACUAAGUAUUAUGAAUAACCAACAUGUUAGUUUGGGAGUAAUAUUAUAAGUAAGAGGGUCUUCGAAUGUCCUAACAAUUGACGAGGAGCAGAAGGGCUUACCAAGCCCAACUUAUGGAUUAAAUAUAUGUUAAUCGUCUCAAUGACGUUAUAAGUUGGAAUUAUACGAAAAUUUAGAAAGAGGUAGCUAGCAACAAGCUUUCCUUAAAAUAGUCAUUUGCAAUCUGGAUAAAAGCAGCUGGUCACGGGAAAAUGGUGUUUGAAAUGCAACCUCGUCCUCAGGGCCGAGGUUGUCGGUCUUUUUCAAAAUGGAGGCAGCCAUCUUUGAAACCGGCCGCCAUCUUAAAAAACUGACCGAGAAACUUCCGGUAGUUUUUUUUUUUUCGAUGGGGAUCCCAUCCGUGAUGGCUCAUGAUCGUGAUGUUUAUAUUGCUUUUUAAUUCUAAUACGUUAGCUUCCCAAGAAGACCUCGACUGUACAGCAUAUACAGUACACCGGAUGGGCGAAUGGAGACUCGAACCCAGAUCCCCAAGAAAUACUCGAUCUGUUGACUGUAAUAGAGCAGUCUCGGCAACAAUCCGGAGAUAGUGUCAUUGUUUUUCAAUGCAGGUAAACUAAAUAUUGUUUUUAGUUUUUUUUUUUUUUUUAAUAAAAAAAAAUCAUUUAUGUUUUCCCUCACAAUUUUGAGUGAUUGUUAAAAUAAAGUGAGAAUGCAAAGAUUAGCAAACAAAAAAAUUAUUUCUGGUUAAUACUGCGGAGUUCAUUGCUUUUGCUUUGCAUGGCGAAUUCUCUAAGUCAUUCAAAGAAAAAAUUUUAAAAAAAAAAUUAAAAGGCGCAACGAAUCGGAACUCGAUCGUUCUCUUUCUUUUGCCUUUUAGUUAGUUUGUAAGUAUUUACGUUACGUGGUCUUGGGCUUCUUGUGAUCUUAUACGUAUUCCAAUGGUUGGUUGUCGUGAGUUACUCUGCGGCUCAAACAGCAUGUCGGGUGCGAAAUCGAUACCUGCCUCUCAGCUCUUCGACUCUUAGGUCUCUGCGUUUUGACCGUAAACUUUGUGUCUGAAAUAGGAUUUAUUUAAAAAAGUAAUCAGGGCGCAUCUAAGUUUCACUUUAGUAAAGAUUUUGUCUCUAGGUUAGCAGCCCAUACCUGCCAGUGCUUAUCCCAGCUCUCACAAUAUGAGGCGACAAGAUCUUUGAACUGGGUACCAUUCUCUCUCAGUUGAACCACGGCAUUUUAUCUUGCUUACAACCUGGGCCUCCAAGGAGAUCGUAUCAUUUUUUUUAAUUUUAUCUAUUGGCGUCAUUCGUUGUUUUUCAGUGAUGGUGUGGGUCGUAGCGGCUGUGUGGCUACCAUAAUGUCAGUGAUCGAACGAGUCAAGAUUGAACAAACAGUUGAUGUGUUUCAAACCAUUAAACUGAUUCGAGCUAAAAGGCCUGGUGCUGUGAACACCCUGGUAAGUUGCUAAGAAAUGACGAGGGAUACUGGGACUGUGUUCAUCAACGAAUUAUUUCUUUGCUCAACUUAAAGCUCUAUCUGCUGUUCGUUUUUCAGGAUCUCUACUCGUUCUGUUACAAGACAAUCCUUGCAUACCUGGAUUCUUUCAACUGUUAUUCAAACUUUGAAGAUUGCUAA